AUGGAUCGGCACUCGUUCCCUUUGCUAUCUUCAUUUCUUCUCCUAAUGCUUGCAAUGAAGGCUCUCAGAGGCCAUGCGGAGACCACAGAGCCCAACCAAAGACCUUAUAUCGUGUAUAUGGGAGAAAAGCCAAGAGAAUUCGUUGGCCUGCCACAAUUAGCACAUUUAGAACUGCUCCAGAAAGCAAUUGGAUUAAGCAACGAAGAAGCGUCAAACAGACAUAUAUAUAGUUACACCAAGAGUUUUCAUGGCUUCGCCGCUAUGCUGUCAGAUGAAGAAGCAAAAAAGUUAUCCGGAAUGGAAGGAUUGGUUUCUGUGUUCCCAAGCAAGAAAAGACAACUUCACACCACAAGAUCAUGGAAUUUCAUGGGUUUUCCAUUGAGCGUUCCACGUGCAUCCUUUGAGUCUGAUGUUAUUAUCGGCAUGAUCGACACAGGGAUCUGGCCUGAGUCAAAGAGCUUCGACGAUGCCGGUUUUGGCCUUCCACCAAGUAGGUGGAAGGGUAUAUGUCAGUCUAAUCAGAACUUCACAUGCAAUAAUAAGAUUAUUGGAGCUCGGUACUACCACCUUCAAGGUAACAUACAUGAAAUGGACAUACCCUCCCCUCGGGAUAGUGAAGGACAUGGAACUCACACAUCCUCCAUAGCCGUCGGCGGCCUUAUAACAAAUAUGAGCCUCGCAGGAAUUGCAAAUGGAACUGCCCGUGGAGGCGUCCCCUCUGCGAGAAUCGCAAUAUAUAAAGUUUGUUGGAGAUACGGCUGCUAUGACAUCGAUAUACUCGCAGCCUUCGAAGACGCCAUCCAUGAUGGUGUCGACAUAAUCUCUAUUUCUAUUGGUGGUUAUAUACGUAAUUACUUCGAGGAUGCCAUAUCUAUCGGAUCUUUCCAUGCAAUGAAGAAUAACAUUCUGACAACUAGCUCGGCAGGGAAUUCUGGUCCUAAUAAUUUUAGUGUUGGGAAUUAUGCACCAUGGCUAUUAACAGUGGCAGCGAGUACCAUUGAUCGCAAGAUUAUUACCCGAACUAAACUUGGAAAUGGAGAAGAAUUUCAGGGGAGGGCAGUGAACAUUUAUGGCUUGGACGGUGAGAUGCAUCCAUUGAUAUUGGGUGAAAAUGCACCCAACAUUUCAUUAGGUCUUGAAGCAAUAAUAGACUCAAGAUAUUGCAAUGAAGGGACGUUGGAUGGUGAAUUGGUAAAGGGAAAAGUUAUAUUAUGUUAUGGAGUAAGUGACGGGUCAGGACCACUACGUGUAGGUGCCAUUGGAGCAAUUAUGGAAUCAUAUCAUGCCAACGAUUACUCUUCCGAGUUCUUGCUGCCUGUUUCAGUGCUGGAAUCAAACAAUAGCAUACAACUUCGAAAUUAUGCAAACAACACAAGCAAUCCUAUGGCAAGCAUUUACAAGAGUGAAGGUGUCUUCGAUGCUGCAGCACCAUAUGUGGUUUCAUUCUCAUCACGCGGUCCAAAUCCACUUACCUCGAAUAUACUAAAGCCGGACCUAACAGCACCGGGGGUUGAUAUUUUAGCAGCAUGGUCACCACUUGGUAAUCCUAAAGUACCGUAUAACAUUAUAUCAGGUACAUCAGUGUCUUGCCCUCAUACAGCAGGUGUUGCCGCCUAUAUUAAAUCAUUUAAUCCAACUUGGUCUCCAGCUGCCAUAAAGUCUGCUCUCAUCACCACUGCUUAUGUGAUGAGCUCAACAAAUAAUGCUGAGGCAGAACUUGCUUAUGGGGCCGGUCACAUAAACCCACUCGCAGCUUUGAAUCCUGGUCUUAUAUAUGAUGCUCAAGAGACAGACUACAUUAAAAUGCUAUGUGGUGAAGGCUACAUCACUCCAAUUCUAAGACUUGUCACUGGAGAUCUGAGUACUUGUGGCUUUGCAAAUAAUGAAACGGCUUUAGAUCUAAAUUAUCCUACCUUUGCUUUGCAAACUCAACAUGGAAAGUCUUUUUCAACUUCUUUUCGAAGAACAGUCACUAAUGUGGGAGUGUCAAAUUCCACUUACUAUGCUAUUGUUAAUGCUCCUUCUAACAUCAAGAUAAAUGUUGAGCCGAACGUUUUGUCUUUUGAAGCUCUUCUGGAGAAGAAAUCAUUUUCAGUCAAACUUGAAGGGGAUGCUAACGAGACCAUUAUCUCAGGUGUUUUGAUUUGGAGUGAUGGUACUCAUAAUGUCAGAAGUCCAAUUGUUGUGUAUAUUGGCCAAAAUCCUUAUGAACUGUGA